UUCCAUCUUCCAUCUAAGAAUUAUGCCAGGUCUGGAGACGUGGAGGGUGACUUCUGUAUUGGGAAGUAGUUCAGAGCGAUGAAGUCCUGUCUGACCUGCAUGGCCUCUUUUUGUCAACGUCACCUGCAGCCUCACUAUGAGAUAGCAGCCUGGAAAGGACACAAGCUGACUGAUCCUGAUGGAAAUCUGAAGGAGAAACUCUGUGUGAAACAUCAGAAGAGUCUGGAGAUGUUUUGUAAAACUGACGAGACCUGCAUCUGCAUGAUGUGUGGACUGACUGAACAUGAUGUUCAUGAAAAGGUCGAGCUGGAGACGGAAAGACAAGAACAACAGAUUUCUGUGGAAAGAGACAUGGAGGAACAUGAGAGGACCUUCGCUGAUCUGAUUCACUGCAUUGAGGAAGCCCACAAGAAAUUGACUGAGAGGAUCAGAGAACAAGAAAAGGAAGAAAUGGAGAAGGCUGAAGCUGUCAUGAAGCGACUGGAGAAAGAUAUCGAGGAGCUGAAGAGGAGAGAUGCUGAACUGAAGGAGCUUACAGACACCAAGGACCACAUCUUCUUCCUGCAUACUUUAUCAUCUUGUCGUGUCCUUCCUGCUGACGGAGACUCACUCAACUUCACUGUCACUGCUGAUUUCUCUUCUGAGGACCUGAGAAAGGAGCUGUUAUGCCUGAAAAAGAGUCUGGAGAAGAUCAGCCAGUGGGACAUCAUCACAUUGAGUCCACUAGGCUGUGAAGCUCCAAUCUUCACCCUACAGCCUGAACCUCAGAGCAGAGAGGAGUUUUUACAAUGGCACGAAGUAGAAAAUGGUCCAGGCUUUAACUUUCAGAGGUAA